AUGCCUCGAUUCGUGCCACGACAACGUAAGCACAAGGUCCUCGCGCGCCAGAACGCCGCCGCCAACGCUUCACCAUCACCCGUGGGCACCCCAGCGUCAAGUAACGCAGAGGUCAUAAUACCGCAGCCCAAGGCCGAAAGGGAGGAGAAGAGGCGCCAGUUGAAGGAGGAGCUGGUCGCAAAGCAGUCCAAAAUUUCGAGCAAGAAACAGAAGAGACUAGACAAAUACAUUGAGAAUAAAUUGCGGAAGGACGAGACGCUGGAUCUGCUGAAGAAACUCGAGAACGAAAAGGUCAAAUAUGAGGCUUCUGUUGCCGCAAAUGGUGGUAUUCUUGGCAAGCGUACCUUUGAAGAGUUUGUCAAUCUAGGUCGGCCGGAGAAGAAGCCACGGGAGGUGAGAGUUGAGGAGACGGAGGAUGAUACUGACGACAGCGAGGAUGAUUGCGAAGUUCAGAACCGUCAAGCCUUUGAUGAUAGCGAGGCCGCGCAACAGCUGGUGGAGAAUACCCUCGCGCCAAUCACAGUGGGGAGUGGUCUUGCACAACCACUUGCGCUGGACGAGACGGGCCUGCCUAUCAUACAGUCGCGGAAGAGCAAGAAGCGGAAAAUGCUACUGGACGACAGUGUGGAAGAGUUGCCUUGGGAGGGAUUUGAUACGGAGGCGAGCGAAAUUGAAUAUGGUUCGGGGGACGAGGGGGCAUUAGACUCUGACGACGAUGAGUCCGUCGAGACGGCCAGUACUGAUGGGACUAGGUCGUCCGUCGAUGAGGGCGAGAGUUUGGAUGAGGAUGACGAUACUGGGAGCGAUACAUCGGAGACUUCGCGAGACGGCAGUAACGAAAAGAUCAAGCCUAGAAAUUCAGUUUUCAAGCUCUGGGCAACGCAGCAGUUGAAUCACUCCAUGGGCCAUACGCCGUCCUACACUCCAGGAGAAGGCCAACUACUUCCAGCUCCCAAACCAGCCUCGAAACCUUACAGUGAAACCUCAAAACCCAGUAUUCCCGCCGACUCGCCUGAAGAUAAGCCCAAUCGAAAGGCCUACGCCGUUCAUGUCGAGCGAUCCGAGGAGAUCCAGCAAUCUCGCACUCAGUUGCCCAUCCUCCAAUGCGAACAGGAAAUCAUGGAAGCCAUCCACAACAACCCCGUCGUGAUCGUCAAAGGCGACACCGGAAGCGGCAAGACGACGCAAAUACCUCAGUUUCUCUUUGAAGCAGGCUAUGGCUCGCCCGAGGGACCCUCGCCCGGCAUGAUUGGUAUCACUCAACCUCGACGAGUUGCAGCCGUCAGCAUGGCCAAACGGGUGAGCGCAGAACUGGGUCAAUAUGGGAAAAAAGUGUCAUAUCAGAUCAGGUUCGACAGCACUGCAUCUGCAGAUACGGCCGUCAAAUUUAUGACGGAUGGCAUCCUAUUACGAGAACUAUCCCAAGACCUGCUUCUAAGGAAGUAUUCUGUCAUUGUGAUCGACGAGGCCCACGACAGAAGCGUCAAUACAGACAUACUAAUCGGCAUGCUCAGCAAGAUUGUCCCCGCCCGAAUGCAGAAGAGCAAGUUCAACCCUGACCCGAAGCCUCUAAAAUUGGUGAUCAUGUCCGCAACGCUCAAUAUCGACGAUUUCUUGCAUGAGAAGCUGUUCCCGGCUGAUAUGCGGCCACCUAUCGUGGAAGCCGAGGGACGGCAACACCGUGUGACCACGCACUUUGCAUUGAGAUCACGAGCAGAUUAUGUCGACGAGGUGAUUGAGAAGGUCCAACGAGCGCACCGAAAGCUCCCUAAAGGUGGCAUUCUCGUGUUUCUGACAGGGCAGAACGAAAUCCGACAAGUCGCCAAACAGCUGAAGGCUUCCCUGACGCCACGAAACGGCAUUGAGAGACAGGGAAGCGUGAAUGUCCCUCGAGUGGAAAUGGCGGCAAGUGAGGCACCUCUUGAGACUGAAGAUAUGGAGCUAGGCUCAUCAAAGAUCGACGAAGGGCAGGACGACUUCGACAUGGAGAUCCUCACGCCCUCGGACGAAGAAGCCGAGGAAAAGGAAUUCGAAAUCUCCGAGGAUGAGGGAGACAAUGAGGAAGACACUCAGGAAGCCACCACUCAGCCUGCAGCGCUCUCGAAACCCAAGGAAGCGUACACCUCGGUCCAUAUACUCCCGCUAUACUCGCAACUCCCUACAAGCGAGCAACUCAAAGUUUUCGACCCGCCACCAACCGGCUCCAGACUGAUCGUGCUCGCUACAAACGUUGCAGAAACAUCCCUCACGAUCCCUGGAAUUCGAUACGUCUUCGAUACAGGCCGGUCCAAAGAACGCAAAUAUAACCUCGACACCGGUGUCCAGAGCUUCGAAAUAGACUACAUCAGCAAAGCCAGCGCCGCGCAACGAGCCGGCCGAGCCGGAAGAACGGGCCCCGGCCACUGUUGGCGACUGUACACCAGUGCAGUAUAUGAGGCGUUCUUCCCGGACCACGCGGAGCCAGAGAUUCUACGUGCCCCUGCGGAGAGUGUAGUCCUGCAACUGAAGGGGUUUGCGUACCCCAGACCGAUUGCCGAGUUCCCGUUCCCAACACCGCCAGCAUCACAGACCCUGACCAAGGCCGAGCUGCUGCUGAAGAAUCUGGGUGCCUUGACGCCCACGGGCAGCAUCACAGACUUGGGUAGGCAAUUGUCCAUCUACCCGCUCUCACCUCGCUUGGGCAAGAUCCUGGCCCUGGGCCUCGACUCCUCGAAUCACCACCUGCUCUGGCACUUGCUGACACUGGUCUCCGCCCUGGCCGUGCCGGAGAUCUUCCUCACAGAAGCACAGCUCGACUCAAACCCACACGAUGGAGGAGAGUCCAAGAACACCGACGCAGACGCAGACGCAGGUACCGCCCUCGACGACCUCCGCCAGGAAUACGGCCGUGCCCGCACAACCCUCACGCGGCACGACAAGACCUCGGACGCCAUGAAGCUCCUCACCGCGGCGAGCAUGUAUCUCGACACGGACCGCAUAUCGCAGGCCUCGCUGCUGCUGUGUCGCUCGCUCUUCCUGCGCGAAAAGGCCAUGGCCGAAAUCGCCCAGUUGCGCUCGCAACUCGACCAUCUCGUGCGCGUGAACAACCGCACCACCAUCACGCAGGACCACCUCGAACACUCGCGCGCGCACACCAAAUUAUCAUCCCAAAAGGUGACCGCGCGGCUCAACGGCCUCGUCGCAGCCGGAUACAUCGACCACCUCGCGAUUCGAUCCGACUUGGCGCCCAACCCUCCCGUGGCGGCAAGUAAGCCUCGCCGCGCGAUCGACGUGCCGUACCUGCCCCUCUUCCCCGUCCACAACGCCGCUCAUGCCAGCCUUUUGAAGAGGGCAGUGUUUAUCCAUCCGUCGUCCGUGCUCGCGAGGGCCAACGUCGAGGACCUGCCGCCCUAUAUCUGCUAUAGUCACCUUCAACGUGCGCACGCCCGAGCCGUGGCCGUGGCCGUGGCGGAGCAGAAUGCCCCUGCCCCUGUUCCCAAGACGAGGAUGUUUCCUCUCUGUGCACUUACCGGGGGGGAGAUCUGUCGGUUGGCCCGCGAUACCGCGCUGAUAAGCUAUGGGAAGCCGCUUCCCAAGUCGAAGAUCGAGGAGAUGGCUGGCCGGCCGAAGAGGAGGGUGUGCUGGGUGAGUUGUGAGCUGAGGGGCGUGGGCAGUGGUGGUGGUGCGUUGGGAUGGGGAUUGCCGCCUGUCAAGGUGAGGCAGGUUUUGGAUAUGAAGUCACGGGAAGGAUGGACAGUUGAAGAGGUGCUGACUUAA